AUGUCAAAGGAUACUAUUUCACAAUUAGAGAAAGCAGAAAUUUCUCAUAUUGAUAAUGAAGAUAAGAGUUUACAUGAUUUAAAACAAUCAGAUUCAGAAUCAAAUGCUGAAGAUGAAUAUGCUAAUUUACCGGAAUCAUUACAAGGUUUAACUCCAGAAGAAUUACAAAAAUUGGAUAAGAAAGUUACUAGAAAGAUAGAUCUUAGAUUAAUGCCAAUGUUAAUUUACAUUUACAUUUUAAAUUAUUUAGAUAGGAAUAAUAUCGCAAGUGCUAGAUUAGGUGGAUUAGAAGAAGAUCUUGGAUUGACUGGUAGUCAAUAUCAAACAUGUAUUUCAAUUCUAUUUGUUGGUUAUAUUUUGUUUCAAGUUCCUUCAAAUAUGUUAUUAAAUAAAUUUGGUCGUCCUUCAAUUUAUAUAUCGGUUGCAAUGACUAUUUGGGGUGCAUUGUCAACUAUAACCGGUGCUGUUCAAAACUUUGGUGGAUUAUUAACUAUUAGAAUUCUUCUUGGAGUUGCAGAAUCCGUAUGUUAAUCAUUUUUCAAAUUUUCAAAUUUUCAAAUGUUUCAGCAUCGAAGUGAUCCUUCGAUACAGAUUGAUUUGAAUACACCAAAAAUCUUGUACUAACGUAUUUCAUGCUUUCUUUCCUGCAGCAUUGCUUGUAUUGAGUAAUUGGUAUGAUAAGAAGUCAUUAGCAUCAAGAAAUUCUAUUCUUUAUGCUGGUAGUUUAGUCAGUUCAGCAUUUAGUGGUUUAAUUGCAGCUGGUAUUUUGAAAGUCCCUGGUUUGGGAGGUCAAUCAUGGAGAUGGUUAUUUAUUAUCGAAGGUGGUUUAACUGUUGCUUCUGUUCCAUUUGCUUAUUUUGUGUUACCAGAUAAUCCAUCAAACACCAAGUUUUUAUCACAACAAGAAAAAGAUAUCAUAAUGUGGAAAAUGAGUAAAGACGUUGGUGUUAAAGACUCAGAUCAAGUUAAUGAAGAAUCUGAUUGGCAAGGUUUUCUCAAUGCUGUUAAAGAUAUUAAAGUUUGGAUACUAUGUGGUAUGCAUUCAUGGUUAGUUGCAGCUUGUGGAGUUACUAAUUUCUUUCCAACUGUUGUUGAAACAUUAAAUUUUAAUAGAACUAUAACAUUAGUUUUAACUGCUCCACCUUAUUUACUCGCUGUUGUUAUAACAUUUUUAUGGGCUAAACAUGCAGAUAGAUCAGGUGAAAGAAUGUUACAUGUUAUUAUUCCUUUAGUAUUAGCAUUAGUUUCGUUUAUUAUCGCUGCUUGUACUUUAAAUAUUGGAGCUAGAUAUUUUUCAAUGUGUUUAAUGAUUCCAUCAUUAUACUCUGCUUUUGUUGUUAUACUUACUUGGAUUUCAAAUACAAUUUCAAGACCACCUGCAAAAAGAGCAAUUUCACUUGCUAUUGUAAAUUGUUUAUCUAAUUCAGCAUCAAUUUGGAAUGCUUAUUUAUAUCCACUGAGUGAUGGUCCAAGAUAUAUGAUAGCUUUUAUUUGUAAUUGUGCUUUUAUUGCAUUAUCAAUAGCAUUUGCAAUUGGGUUAAAUUUGAGAUUAAGAGUAUUAAAUAAGAAGAUUGAUAAUGGUACAAUGAAUUGGGAAAAAGAGUUUGGUAAAGGUUUUGAUGCAAGUAAAAUUAAUGCUGAUUUUAAAUUCUUACACUAG